ACUGCACUUUUGGUAAACAUGAGAGCUGUUCCAACUUGGGUUGACAAAGUUCAAGAUAGAGACAAACUUGAACAAUGUAUAUGGGACCUGUGCUUUAGACCUGAUGGCAGCCAGUUGAUUGUUGCAGCUGGUAAUCGUGUCUUGGUAUAUGACACAAAUGAUGGCACCCUUAUCCAACCACUUAAAGGUCACAAAGACACAGUGUAUUGUGUAACAUAUGCCAGAGAUGGAAAACGGUUUGCUUCUGGAUCUGCUGAUAAAAGUGUCAUAAUCUGGACAAGUAAACUAGAGGGUAUUCUAAAAUACACACACAAUGAUGCUAUACAGUGUUUAUCCUACAACCCAUUGACUCACCAGCUAGCCAGUUGUGCUGUCAGUGACUUUGGGCUGUGGACAGCAGAACAGAAGAAUGUGUCUAAGCACAAAGUGAACAGUCGUAUCACCUGCUGUAGUUGGACUAAUGAUGGACAAUAUCUGGCUUUGGGGCUCUACAAUGGUCUGGUCAGCAUCCGCAACAAGAGUGGGGAAGAAAAAGUGAAGAUAGAACGUCCUAAUGCAGCUACAUCUCCUGUCUGGUCCCUACAAUGGAAUCCCAGCAGAGACGAGACCUAUGAUGUGUUAGCAGUGGCAGACUGGGGACAGAGACUCUCCUUCUAUCAGUUGUCAGGAAAACAGAUUGGUAAGGACAGGAACCUUGGCUAUGAUCCCUGUACAGUCAGCUGGUUCUCCAAGGGCGAGUAUGUUGUGAUUGGGGGAGCCAACAAACAGUGUACCCUCCAUACAAAGGAGGGGGUCAAGCUUGGUGUCAUUGGGGAGCAGGCAUCAUGGGUUUGGGGAGCAGCUGUCAAACCAGACUCUAACUAUGUGGCGGUCGGCUGCCAGGACGGAACAAUAGGAUACUACCAACUGAUCUUCAGCACUGUACACGGACUGUAUAAAGACAGAUACGCCUACAGAGACAACAUGACUGAUGUUAUCAUACAGCACCUCAUUACAGACCAGAAAGUGAGAAUCAAGUGUAGAGACCUUGUGAAAAAGAUUGCUAUAUACAGACACAGAUUAGCUGUUCAGCUGCCAGACAAGAUUGUAGUUUAUGAAUUAUACUCGGACGAUGCUGCCGACAUGCAUUAUAAAGUCAAAGAGAAGAUAAACAGAAAGUUUGACUGUAAUUUAUUGGUUGUUUGCUCACAAAACAUCAUUCUGUGUCAGGACAAGCGUCUCCAGAGCUUCUCCUUUCAGGGUAUCAAAGAGAAGGAGUGGGUGAUGGAAUCUCUCAUUAGGUACAUCAAGGUGAUAGGUGGUCCCCCAGGUCGUGAGGGGCUCCUUGUUGGUCUCAAGAAUGGACAGAUUAUGAAGAUAUUUGUGGACAAUCCAUUUCCCAUCAUGCUGCUGAAACAGGCAACAUCUGUGCGUUGUUUGGAUGUGUCAGCCUCUCGUACCAAACUGGCCGUAGUGGAUGAACACAGCACUUGUCUGGUGUAUGACAUAAACACUAAGGAGCUCCUAUUCCAGGAGCCCAAUGCCAAUAGUGUGGCAUGGAACACUCACUACGAGGACAUGUUGUGUUUCUCUGGCAAUGGUCUCCUCAAUAUCAAAGCCAGCAACUUCCCUGUCCAUCAACAGAAGCUACAGGGCUUUGUGGUAGGAUUCAGUGGAUCAAAGAUUUUCUGUCUCCAUGUGUACUCUAUGUCUUCAGUAGAUGUACCACAGUCUGCCUCUAUGUACCAGUAUCUGGAGAAAAAGUUCUUCAAGGAUGCAUACAAAGUUGCCUGCUUAGGAGUGACUGAUGGUGAUUGGGAGGUGCUUGCCCACGAGGCUUUGGAGGGACUGGACUUUGAUACAGCUAAGAAGGCGUUCAUCCGCAUCAGGGACCUGCGCUACUUAGAACUCAUUCAUAAUAUAGAGGAAAGGAAGAAGCGUGGAGAACAAGACACCAUGGUGUUCUUGGGAGAUGUAUAUGGUUACCAGGGCAAGUUCCACGAGGGUGCUAAACUCUACAAGAAAGCUAAUCACGAACACAAGGCCAUGAACAUGUAUACUGACCUGAGGAUGUUUGAGUACGCUAAGGAGUACAUUGGUUCUGGGGAUCCACUGGACAAGAAGAUGCUGAUCACCAAACAGGCUGACUGGGCUAAGAGUAGUAAUGAACCCAAGGCUGCUGCGGAGAUGUAUAUAUCUGCUGGAGAGUUCUGUAAGGCUAUAGACAUCAUCGGUGACCAUGGAUGGGCGGACAUGAUGAUUGAUGUUGCCCGUAAACUUGACAAAGCUGACCGUGAAGCAUUGUCCCGAGCUGCAGCACACCUAGCCAAGAUGGAGCAGUACCCAUAUGCUGCUGAGGUGUACAGCAAAAUGGGUGACGUCAAGUCCCUCAUCAGUCUCCAUGUGGAAGCUAAACACUGGGACGAUGCAUUCACACUGGUGGAGAAACAUUCAGAAUACAAGGAAGAAGUGUAUGUGCCUUAUGCUCAGUGGCUGGCUGAGAAUGAUAAGUUUGAGGAGGCUCAACAAGCAUUCCACAAAGCAGGGCUUCAGACAGAAGCUGUUAAGGUACUGGAACAGUUAACACACAAUGCUGUUCUGGAGAGUCGCUUCAAUGAUGCUGGCUACUACUUCUGGAAGCUGUCCAUGCAGUGUUUAGAUAUAGCCAAAGUAAUUGAUGAUCCUGAGAAGAAAGAGGAGAUGUUGAAUAAGUUUCAUGACUACCAACGUAAAGCUGACAUGUAUUAUGCCUACCAUUCUAUACAGAGAUAUACAGAUGAGCCCUUUACCUCCCAUCUCCCGGAGGCAUUAUUCAACAUCUCACGCUACCUGCUCCACAUGAUGCAGACCAAUGCUCCUCAUGGCAUCUCCAAAGUUGGUACUCUCUAUGCCCUAGCCAAGCAGAGCAAGAACCUUGGAGCUUACAAAUUGGCCCGUUAUGCCUAUGAGAAACUGCAGUCGUUACGUGUUCCCUCUCGCUUCCUAGAAACUGUUGAUCUGGGCAGUAUCAUGAUCAGAUCCAAGCCAUUUCAUGAUGGAGAUGACCUGCUGCCAAUGUGCUACAGAUGUUCCACCACCAACCCUCUUCUCAAUAACAAUGGCAACUGCUGCAUUAAUUGUCGGCAGCCUUUCAUACAUUCCUUUGUGUCAUUUGAGGUGCUGCCACUUGUGGAAUUUGUACUAGAAGAUGGACUUACUGACGAGGAAGCAGUGCUCGUCCUUGACCUUUCUAUACCCAAACAAAAGAAGGAGGAGAAGAACUGGAGGGAAAGUAGAAUGGGACCUUCACAAACCCUUCGACUUGGAGAUGACCCUCCAGAGGAAGAGGAUGAUGAUCCAUUCACUGCCAAACUUAUGACAUUUGAGCAAGGAGGAACAGAUUUUACUCCAGUGGUAGUGACCAAGUCAGUCCUACAAUCUAUGUCGAGGUCAGAAGUGUAUAUCUUGAAGUGGCCCAAACCUCUUAGAUACCAGUUUUUCCGAUCUCUACUGCCAGACGUUACUAUCACCCAAUGUCAUACCUGUCAGAAGCUUUUCCACACCGAUGACUUCGAGCUCCAAUACCUGCAGAAAGGAAGUUGUCCGUUCUGCCGAGGAACUAUGGAAGACUGAGUGUGUUCUGAUACUAUCUACUUCAUCCUGGAGCUUUCAAAGACUGCAUUCCUGGUUAUACACGGAAAAAACUUAGGGUAUCUGUUCUAUGACGAGUCAUAAACAAUAAUGUGGGUUCCAGAACUAAAAGCUAGGAAGUUGCCUGUACUGUUAAGAGGAACUGAGGAAAACUAACUUGUUUCAGUACUCUGUCAAAGAUUUCUAUCUUGGAACUUUAUAUCAUGAAUGAAAUCCAACAUGUUUGGUUUGCCUCGCUGACAUUCAAGCAUGACUUGUGCACAUUCCUUUUUUUCUCAUCCGUCCAAGGAGUUAAAAAAUUUUAUAUUAGAAGUUUAUUUUUUACAUUUUAUCAAUAUGUACAGAGUUGUAUACAAUAUUUGUAUGAAAAUGCCUUUCAAACAAGACCAUAAAUAUCUUAAAUGAAAACAGUAGAAGUAAAACAAAUGAAUUCAAAUGCACUCCUGUAAAGAAUUUAUAAUCAAAUAGCUUGGUAGACAUCAGAACUUUGCUGUCAACUGCAGACUUAAAGAGGUAAUUCUCUGCAAUAUUUUCCAAUUCCAAUUAAGAUAUCCUUCCUAGUAUGGUUACACUAAUUUGUAUGUUACUGUAACAUAUGUUAUGUGGAUAUCAGUGGUAUACACAAUAAAGUAUAGGGUUUGUUUACAUCAAAGAGAAAAAAGGAUCUGAAACUAUCCUUACGUCAAGACUCAUAAGGUGAUUAUUGAUAGUGCUAUCAUUUGUUAUUGUGUCAAUUGAGAUUCGUUUAAACCGUCCUGUUUAAUUAUGUCAACCACCUUACAGAUUUUGUCAAACAAUAUUCAUAUUUUUAACUCUCAACAAAUACUACAUGCACAGUAUACAUGCAUGGGCAAAUAUUGAAACUUUGCAAUGUGUGUAAAUUUGAUCUUGAAAUUUUCUUACCAGGAUACUCAUCACACUGUAAAUAUGUUUGUGUACAGCUAUCACAAUCUCAUAGGCAAGAUUACAAUGCACAUCUAAUCACA